AUGUUCCAAGCUCGUAAAAUUUUCGUGACCCACAGAAGAUUCCCCGUGAUUCACGGCACGUCGUUUUUAAACCCAUAUAGCAGUCAGAGAUUACUUCAUAUUUCGGUUAGCCGCAAUCAGCAAAAUAAGCAAGCGCAUCUACCCUCGAAAGAUGUUUUUCACGGCCCAUCCUCAACCCGUGACAAGCCAUUGUCCGAGGGACAUAUAGUUGACAAGACCAAAGGGAAUGAUACAUUAAAGCCAGGUGUUAUGGAUGUUCAGUCUGAGGCCGCGGCGAGCGGAAUUCGAGAUCAUCAACGUUCUUUGGAGAGUAAAGGCCAGGGAAAGAGUGCAAAGGAUGACGAGGGUUCGGGUGCGAUGAAAAAUUUGAAAGGAAAGGGACAAGAAGUGAUGAAUGACCUGCAAAAAAAAAGUCAGGAGUUCUCCGAGUCUUCUCACGAGAAGGGUCAAAACUCUUCGCGUGAAAAAAGUCAGAAUAUGAAAGAAAUGGGCAAAGAUACAAUGGAGAAUAUACGAGAGAAGAGUCAGAAUCUCGCAGAGUCCUCACAAAGUGUGAAGGAAAAUUUGAAAGAAAAAGGUCAAGAUACAAUGGAAAAUAUACGAGAUAAAGGUCGAUCUUCGCUCGAAAAGGGUAAAGGAAUGGUGGAGGAUUUUAAAGAAAAAGGACAAGAUACCGCGGAAAAAGUACGGAAGAAAGGUCAGGAAUUCGCCGAGUCUUCACGUGAAAAGGGUCAAGGGUUGAAGGAAAGUUUAAAAGAAACCGGACAAGAUGCGGCGGAAAAUUUACGAGACAUAGGUCAGCGCUCGCGUGAAGAGAGCAAAGGCAUGAUAGAAAAUUUGAAAGGAAGGAGUCAAGAAAUAAUGGAAAAUGUGCGUGAUAUGGGCCACGAUACUAUUGAGAAGGUUAAAGAAAAAAGUCAGGAUAUGUUGGGAAAAAUGCGUGAAAAAGGUCACCAGACGUUAGAAAAUGUGAAAGAGAAAAGCAAAGAAAUGAUGGAGGAUUUGCAGGGGAAAAAUCUUGACAAAGAACAAACUGAAAGUGUUAAAGAAAACGACAACGAAAAAUAUCGAAAAAAUGUUAAGGAGGAUCCAAACGCUAAAAUUGGUUUUAACGAACAAACUGGUGGCUGGGACGCAACUCCCAAUCAUCGAGACACCAAAGUUUCCAGUGAGGAAAACAACCUGGAAAAACUGCGUGCAUCAAUUACAGGAGAAACCAAAAGGGAACAAUCCGAAAGGACGCAUUGA